UGCGCCGCCCGCCGCCCCUCCCGCAGUCCCGCGGCUUUCCAGGGAGCGCUGCGGGGACUCGGGGCCGCCGGGGAAACCUGUGACCCCACGCAGGAGCGGAGGGGCGGGGGACCGGGAGAAGAUGGCGACGUCGGGAAGCGAACCCCAAGCUUUCGCGCCAGCCCUCUCGGUAACCGCCCUGCACCCGCAUCUCCACCAGCACCACCAGCACCACGGAGGCACGGGCGGCGCGGGCUUCAACCUGCCCUUGAACCGUGGUUUGGAGCGCGCGCUGGAGGAGGCGGCCAACUCUGGGGGCUUGAACCUGAGCGCCAGGAAGCUGAAGGAGUUUCCCAGGACUGCGACCCCGGGACAUGAUCUCUCGGACACGGUUCAGGCAGAUCUAUCUAAAAACAGACUGGUGGAAGUGCCAAUGGAGCUAUGCCAAUUCGUGUCACUGGAAAUCCUUAAUCUGUAUCACAACUGUAUCAGAGUCAUUCCCGAGGCCAUCGUUAACUUGCAGAUGUUGACCCACCUAAACUUGAGUCGAAAUCAGCUGUCUGCCCUGCCUGCCUGCCUGUGUGGUCUGCCUCUCAAAGUCUUAAUCGCAAGUAACAACAAGCUUGGAUCACUGCCUGAAGAGAUAGGUCAGCUCAAACAGUUAAUGGAGUUGGAUGUGAGCUGUAACGAGAUCACAGCCUUGCCCCAGCAGAUAGGCCAGCUGAAGUCUCUACGGGAACUGAAUGUCCGAAGAAAUUACCUUAAGGUUUUACCACCAGAGCUCGUCGAUCUGCCCUUGGUAAAGUUUGACUUUUCCUGCAACAAAGUGCUGGUGAUUCCCGUCUGUUUUAGGGAGAUGAAGCAGCUGCAGGUGCUUCUGCUUGAGAACAACCCUCUGCAGUCCCCUCCAGCUCAGAUUUGCACGAAAGGAAAAGUACACAUAUUUAAGUAUCUGAGCAUACAAGCAUGCCAGAUUAAGACCACCGACUCCCUUUACCUCCCCACCAUAGAAAGGCCCCAUUUACACCAGCAUGUGGAUGACAGUAAGAAGGACUCCGAUUCGGGGGUUGGAAGCGAUAACGGAGAUAAGCGGUUAUCUGCCACCGAGCCCUCUGAUGAGGACACGGUUAGCCUCAAUGUGCCCAUGUCAAACAUCGUGGAGGAAGACCAGACCAUCAAGGAGGACGUCUGCCAUUGUCUCACCCCAGCUAAAGGAGAAUUUCAGCCGAAGCCUUCCCUUUUGGGUGACAGUGGCAGCUCAGGACAAGACAGAGAGCAGUUUGCCGGCCGUGCAGAUGUUCUACACUCUGGACUUAUGAACUAUCUCAAGGACCAGGCAGAUGACUGUGAAGAGCUAUUGCGGAUAGAAGAGGAUGCUCACUGGCAGAUGGAGGAACUACUAAAUUCAUCCAAAGGCCGGGAUUUGGAUAUAGCGAUGAUUGAGCAGCUGAGAGAGGCAGAGGACUUGCUUCAAGAUCCUAACGGUCUAAGCACAGACAUUACAGAGAGAAGUAUUUUGAACCUGUACCCCAUGGGCUCAUCAGAAGCCUUAGAAUUCCCCGAUCCUUCACUCAAUGGUCAGUUGCAGCUCGAGACAUCUCCAGAGCGUGAGGUGCAGAAUGAUCUAACGUUACAAAGCAAUGGAAGCCAGUAUUCUCCAACUGAGAUAAGAGAGAACACCCCUUCAGUGUCUCCUAAGGCAAACAUCACAGCUCCAUUUGGCCUGAAGCCUCGUUCAGGUUCCCAGUGCCCUGAUGAAGUAAAGGGCACCCUGAAGGCAGAGUUCUCCCCAAGACGACCCCAGUUGCUUUCCAGGCAUGUAUUUCUAAGACCUCAGAGAAACUUGGAAUCUAUAGACCCACAGUUUACAAUUCGGAGGAAGAUGGAGCAGAUGAGAGAAGAGAAGGAGCUGGUGGAGCAGCUCCGUGAGAGCAUUGAGAUGAGGCUGAAGGUGACCCUACAUGAAGACUUGGGGGAGGCACUCAUGGAUGGUGUCGUGCUCUGCCACCUGGCCAACCAUGUCCGUCCGAGAUCUGUCGCCAGCAUCCACGUCCCCUCACCAGCCGUUCCCAAACUCAGCAUGGCCAAGUGCCGGAGGAAUGUGGAAAACUUCCUGGAAGCAUGCAGAAAACUUGGCGUUCCUGAGGAAAAGCUCUGUCUGCCUCAUCACAUCCUUGAAGAGAAGGGCCUAGUCAAAGUGGGCAUGACUGUUCAAGCGUUGUUGGACAUCACCGUCACAAAAGCUCUGUUCACAUGAGACCAAGCCCUUUCUUCUGGGUGGGCUCAGACUCUUCCCAGAGCAGGGACUCUGGACUCUGCUCCUGGCACCUGUACCUGCUCCCCAACUCACCUCCCUGCCAGGUCCCCGAGGAGCUGCAUUGACAUGGUUUCAGCCUAUGGGAGAAGUCAGGACCUUUUAGAGUUGGCCUGCAGGUUUCAGGUUGGACAGGUGUUCCCUGAGAGCGGGUAACGGAGCUGGUGGAGAACUGAGUAGCACAUCAUUGCCUUUCAAUCCCCUUCAUCCCUUCCACAGUCACCAACUGCCAUUACCAAAUGCCAAGCACAACCGUUUCACAGUGAGUCGCGUCUGUUUUCUCAAAACCAAACUCCUUGCAGAACCAGUAGUGGGAGGGGGAUGCAAUCAGGUUUAUUUUUGCCACCAAAAUUUUUCAAGAUGUUUCUUGAGACCAUUGCCUUUCUGAAAAACUAUUUUCAACAUACAAAAAAAAAUAUUUAUAUAAAUAUUAUUUAUUAGCGAGUCGUUAUUCAUCCUUUGGAUGCAAAUUGUAAAUUAGGAAACUAUUUUAUUACUGCUUUUUUGUGGUUAAACAAUUUAUUUUAAUAUUAUAAAUACUGAGUUAUUUUUGAGCCUCUUUGGCACGUAGGAGUUCCGGGUCUCAAUUCUGUGGUGUAUACGAUUCAGGAAAGAAAAAUUAAGCAAGAAACAUGUGCUUCUGUGACAGACAGAGAGCUGUUUUCUGAGAGGUGUUAUCCACCUUUUGGUUUGUGGAACAUUGUUCUUAUUUAUAUUUCUGCAUUCCAUCCAGUUUCCUACAUUCCAGCAGCCCUCUUGUCCCCUGAUAUAAUAAACUGACUGAAAUCAAGAGAGCACCCCAAAGUUAUUUGUAAAUAGUUAUGUGGAAAAAAAGACAUAUUAAACUUGAAGAUAAAAUGUGAAGUGUUUUUUUUUUUGGAUUCAUGUUUCUUUUGCUAUGCACAAAACAUUCGCAUUUUAGCACAGAGAAAUGAGAAGUGUUCAGCAUUUGUCUUGAAGUAUAAUUUUUGCACUGUACUUUGUGUAGUUGAGGAGCAUCUAGCACCAAAGGUAGAUGUUGAAGAAAUGGAUGAGAAAACGGAGCUGGUUGAAGUUGACCCUCAAGCUACAAGGGUCAUAAGAGCUCAAGUCAGGAAACCAGCAUGACGUACAACCACCAGUGUUCGAAUAGCGAGAGAUGCCAAAAAUGUAGACAUGCUUAUUUUUAUUGCAAUCGAGCUGGUGCUUUUCCAAGAGUCCAGACUUGGAAGGUUCAUGGUAUCUGGUAGGAAACUUAGGAAGUGGGCAGCUACAUGCACAGCAAAGCAGACUGGGAAAGGGUUAAGUAAGUGGAGUGUGUAAGCAGCCAGUGGGGAGCAGGGGCAAGCACAGUAAGACUCCUGAGGAGCCAUCCCAAGAGAGGAGCACACCCUAUCCUGUCAGUGGACAAGCUUCCUUCAAGGAAGGCUUCAUAGGUCUAUGCAGGGGCAGUCAACACCCAUACACACUCACCCUGUAGGUGUGGACAGAUACCCUAGUCGUUCAUCUCUCAAAAGCUUGUGAACACUGACUACACUUUGACCCCUGUACAAAGCCAUUAGCAGUUUCUAGAGCAUCAGUAGCUAUGAUGGGGGACCAACAAGGUGGAUACAAAAGACUGCAGGAGGGAUGAGUGUGGUCAACACAGACCGAUGCUGCCUCGGGGCAUGGUGGAUGCGUUCUGAGUAUGGGAAUUCAGAUUGGCAGCUAGUGAUACUUCCUAUCGUAUGUACUGUGCACUUUAACAUAAAUAUAUUUGAAUAUUUUUCUGUACUGCACAAAUGCCUGUUUUGUCAAAUGGCGUAGCAAUGUAAAGAUGAGAGGAUUUUUAAGAGUAUAUUCAACUGAAGCAGAGGUCAGAGGUUAUCUACACAAGGAUUUAGAAUGAUGUUCUAGAAUGUUGUACCUUCAGGGCAUUGCACCCCAGAGUCCUGAAAUAUAUUUUUACAUGUAUCUUUGACAACAUGAAGCUCAGUAACCAUUAUUUUUGGAUAUUUUUUUCAAAAUUAAAAUAUUUCUUUUGAUAUUAAUUUUCAGUAUUUUCAUGAAAUUGGCUGUAUCAUACAAAUGGCUUCAAUAUUUUGUAAAAUGUUUUUUUAUGCAGAUCUUAUAUGGAUAAGAUGUCUUCAAGAUCCUUGUACACUAUGUUUAUAUGUGCAAUGAAAUGUGCAUGGCUGGCUCAUAGUCUGAUAAGUAGACAAUGUAUAUAGUGCAAACCCUUUUAUUAUUUAACAGCCAUUAAAAUUUUAAACUUGUACCAACCAA